AUGUAUCGGCCAACUAACAGAUGCGUGGCGGAUGUGGGACAGGGAAACCCACCAAACUUACAGCAAGUUAUGUAUUCAGGUUCUGUGCCGCAGACGGCGCCCGUGCAAAUGCAACUUCAUCCGCAUCCGCAGUCGCAGUCGCAUAUGGUAAUGCGGCCGCAAGCGCAUACAAUGGCGACAGCAGUGAACUCCAAACCCAAAGUUCACGUCGUCAGUCGAAGCCCACCUUCGCGAAGUGGCGCCUCUCAAGGCGAGCGUAGCGGUACCGUUCGUUUUGUGUGCCCGCGUACGAACACCAUUGUGUGUGCAAGGUAUAAUCGUACCGUGCACACACGCGCAAAGCUCCAGCAUGGUGCAGUUAUUUGUGAGGAUUACAUGCACAAGUUGCACUGCCCAGAGGGUGAUCAAUGCCUUAAGGUGCACGUUGCAGCGGAACACACAUGGAACUAUAUUCUACCACAUAUUGGUGCCCCACAAGGGAUUUUCCAACAUGGUUUCACAGUUCGGUGUUUCCACCCCAGCAUGACGGAGUACUUCAACAUCCCCAGUGAACUCGUGUACUACACAAAGGGAAGCAUGGAGUACAUCUACGAUUAUAAUGAGCAUGGUGAUAACUCCAAGAAAAAAUUUGUACUGUGUGAAGAAAUGAUCAAUAACAGAAUAUGCAUGUCCGGUAUGGCUUGCGAGGACGUCCAUGCUGUCAUGGACGACUUUAGUUCCGUAGGUAGAAACAGCACACACAUCGUCGAUGAGAAACUGCUUCCGCUCUAUCCGCGCCUUCGUCCCGAUGUUGUGGUGCGUGUGUUUGAGCAAAACAGUACUGAAGAGUAUAAGGACUACACUGGAGAUCAGAUUCUUGUGACGGAUGGUGCGCGGCAGUAUUUGUUGGCUCUUGAUGUUGAGGGAGCCAUCCCACGCAAAAAGAUGCAACACUGCGCCCACUUCCGCACAAAACAUCUUUGCCGCAUGGGCAGUGGCUGCAACUUCAUUCAUGUCCUGCAAGGUCUCGUUGCGAAUGCUGAAAUCAGCCCACGGUCCACGUCUCGUAGUGAUUCGCCAACUUCUGAACUGAGUAUCAGCGUGCGCAACCGUCCAAUUGCCUUGCGGCAGUCUGGCAGUCAGGUUGCAGAGAUGUUGGCUGAGAAAUAUGGAUUAUCCCGGGAUGAAAAUAGUCAGGUAGGACGUCAUGCAUCUCCUUUUGUUAAGCAACCACCGAAUGAAAUGGCGUCUCUCCCUCUCUGUGAUGGGGGGCUCUUUCAAAGUAAUACCAAAUCCCAGGGAAAUGCUGUUAUUAACAGCAACAUUAACGGCAAUUAUAACAAAGAAUACUGCCGGAACGACGAUUUGUUUCCUUGCGGCGCAGCUGAUGCCGGGGACGAGAGGGUAACGCAACGUAAUCAACAGGGUGAGCAAAUACAUGACGGUACGCAACCCGUUGCCGUAUGCUCCAGAUUCCGUCAGAUAAGUCCACCACGUCGCAAUAAUCCAUACGCUUCACCUGUUCUCAGCCAACAGGCAUCGCCACACCCUCGUGAAACCAUCUAA